UCAAGAGAUUAUUAAGGCAUGAGUAUUAACUUAAAACAAGACCUUUGGGACAGAAAGGUGCUAAGGACAUGUAUCUUCCUUGUGAUAGCAGACAAUGGGUUCGCAUCACACAGUGUUCACGUAAGACUAAACAAUUCUAACAAUUUCACUACAGUCCAUCUGUUGGGACUGUCUCUACAAAUUAGGGAUAUUUAGAAACUAUAUUUAAGGGUCAUAAAAAAAGUCAUACGCGAAACUCAACAAAAUUGCAGACCGUAACGUAUUCUGUUAACUCCUAUUCUUUUUCCCAAUUACGGUCUUCUGUGCUAACUAUCAACAGACAUGGCUACUGCAUUUCCCUCCGAGGCUAGCCUUUCCGAGGAGCUGACGUGUUCUGUGUGUUGUGAGCUGAUGACUGACCCUGUGAUGCUGGAUUGCAUGCACCACUUCUGCAGGGGAUGCAUCAUGCGCUUCUGGAACACCUCACCAAGAGAACCUAGUUGCCCGCACUGCCGCAGGACAAUACCCAACAAGUUUGUAAAGACUAACCAUCUCCUGAAAAAGGUGGUUGAUCUGGUCAAGAAGUGUAGCACCUCAGAGUAUUACAAUAAAAUUCAGAAUGAUUUAAAGGAGAUGUUAAUGUCUCAGGAGGGUCAAGUGGAAACUUUGGUUCUGAAGAAAGAAGAGACAGAGAGGAAAAUAUGCCGUGUACAGGAAACCGGCAAUGACAUUCGGCACCAUAUUGUUUCUGAAUUCCGACACCUUCAUGAAAUUCUACGGAAAGAAGAAAAACAGUUAUUGUCUUCCGUAGACGAGGAACAGGAGAAGACUCUAACCCAGCUGAGAGAUAUCGUGCACAAGCUGGAGAAGCAGAUUGAAGCUCGAGCUGGAGAGAUUUCUUUCAUACAGGAAACUCUCACCAAGUCAGGCGACGCUUUCUUUGUCGAGGCAGAAGCUGUGAAGAGACGGUAGGUAUCAUAUACAAAUGCUGAAAUCAAAUAUUUUUUUAGGAGGAAAUUCUAUCUGACACCCAACUUUUAUGCUGUUUUAUUAUAAUAU